AUGAGCAGCAAAAAUUUGUUAAUUGGUAUCGACGUCGGAGGAACAAACACAGAUUCCGUUCUUCUUGAUCCUACCCAGUUUGAAUCAGAAUCGCGAGGUGUGAUUGCCUAUCAUAAAUCUUCGACCACAGCCGAUGUAUCUGAUGGUAUUUCUAAUGCCAUUGAUCGCUUGUUUGAUGAAGAUAAGGGUUAUAGCCCUAAGGAUGUAUUAUCUGUUACGAUUGGUACAACUCAUUUCAUUAAUGCCGUGGUUGAACAGGAUAAAGCAAGAUUAGAACCUGUUGCGGUCCUCCGGUUAUGUGGUCCUUACUCCAAAGGAUCUUACCCAUUCUCAGAUUUCCCGGCAGGGUUAACGAAUAUCAUUAAGAGUUAUACUGCUUUCGUCAACGGUGGACACAGAGUUGAUGGUAAUGAGAUCCAACCUCUUGAUGAAGAAGCGAUUCUUGAGCAUGCCAGAAAAAUAAAGGCGCUUGGAAUUAAGUGCAUCGCCAUCGUUGGUAUUUUUGCAAUCAUCGACAAAUCACACGAAAUAAGAGCUGCCGAAUUGAUCAAGCAAGUUAUUCCCGAUGGAAAUGUUGUCAUGUCCCAUACUGUUUCCGGCAUAGGCUUUUUGCCAAGAGAAAAUGCCUCAAUUUUGAAUGCUUCGAUUAUGUCAUUUGCUGCCAAGAUUAUUGGCUCAUUCAUAAAGUCAGUUCGUUCUAGAGGUUUCUAUUGUCCCAUUCUAUUGACCCAGAAUGAUGGUACAGUGUUGACGGUUAAUGAAGCGCUUGAGACACCAAUUAGAACUUUUUCUUCUGGUGCUACUAAUUCCAUGAGAGGUGCUGCUUUCCUUUGUUCACAAGAGGAGGGUGUACAUGGUAAGAGUAUUAUGGUUGUUGAUAUUGGGGGUACCACUACUGAUGUCGGUCUUCUUUUGCCUUCAGGCUUUCCAAGACAAUCAUCUUCUCACUCAGAAGUUGGUGGUGUAAGAAUGAACUUUUCUAUGCCACACGUUGAAAGUAUCGGAUUGGGUGGUGGUUCCAUCGUGCGUGAAUCUAACAGUGUGAUGACAGUUGGCCCAGACUCUGUUGGUUCUGAAAUCAAGAGUAGAGCUAAAGUCUUUGGUGGUGAUACUGUUACUUCUACUGAUGUUACCGUUGCUAUCACUGAUGGAGAAACCAUAUUCAAAGUUGGAGACAAGACCAAAGUGCAGGGAAUGUUCAGUGAAACAUACCAAGAGAACUUUAAAUCUAUUGUCAAGUUAAAAUUGGAAAGAGUUAUUGACAGAAUGAGAACUAGUCCUGAACCAGUUCCAGUCCUCUUAGUUGGCGGUGGUUCAUUCAUUUCUCCAAUGGAGUUGGAUGGUGCUUCUAAAGUUUACAGACCCCCAUACUAUCAGGUCGCCAAUGCUAUUGGUGCUGCCAUGGGUAAAUUAUCUGCCUACUUGCACAAGAUUGAGUUUCUUGGUAGUAUUAAUGAAAAGGAUGAGGUUAUUAGCAGAAUGACUAAAGAAGUGACCGCUGAUAUUGUGUCCAAGGGUGCCCUUGAAUCAUCUGUGCAAAUUGUGGACCUUGCUUACGACCCAGUUCCUUAUGUUGAUCGUACCUACACUUUUGUUAUCAAGGUUGUUGCUGAUAUCGAUUAUGAAAAGAUUUCUAUGGCUAUCCUGAAAAUUGAAAGUGUCGAUAGUGGAGUUUAUGCCGAAGAGAAAAAAGAGGAACAGAAAGCCGAAGCUGUUUAUAAAGACUCAAGCUUUGGUGAUAAGGAGGCCUCCCAUGCUGAUGCAGAGAUUUUUGAUUUCCAAGCGUAUAAGCCAUUUGUUAAUGAAAAUAGAGAAUGGAUUAUCUCCGAAACUGAUUUGGAAUUCAUCAGAAUUGGUACAUAUAUUUUAGGAUGUGGUGGUGGUGGUACUCCUUACCCAAUCUUUUUGGAAAUGAGAAAUAUGCUUCGAAACGGUGCUAUAGUUAGAGUGAUAGAUUUGCAUGACGCUCCAAAAUAUGCCACUGGUGAGGGGAAAUUUAUUACUGUUGGCUUUGCUGGAUCUCCAACGGUUGCUGAUGAACAAUUACAAGGUGAUGAAUUAACAGACGCCAGUGAAGCUUUGUUCGAUUACAUCAAAACCAAGGCGGAUGGUGUGUUCCCUCUUGAAAUUGGUGGAGGGAAUGGAUUCAAGGGAAUGUAUUGUGGUGCCUCCACAAAGUUGAAUCUCCCAGUUAUUGAUGCUGAUUUGAUGGGUAGAGCCUAUCCAACCCACUCCCAGAUCUUGCCAUGUGCUCUUAGUGACGAAAUGUAUUUGACCGAAACUUCCGUUUCAGAUGGUAACGGCAACAAGUUUUUGAUCACUGGUGCUCAAUCUGACAUUUUUGUUGAAAAGAUGAUGCGUGCAGCAUUAGCGGAAAUUGGUGCUCAUGUUGGAGUUGUCAACGUGCCAAUGUCGUCUAAACACUUGGUAGAAAUGACUGUUCAUAAUUCUCUUUCCACUGCCUGGAGAAUUGGUAGGGCUAUUAGAAUUGCUCGUCAAAAAUUCGAAAUCAAUAAAUUACCUGAAAGAAUUAUUGAAUCGGUUGGUGGUUCUAUUUCUGGUAAACAGAUAUUCGCUGGUAAGAUUGUUGGGGUAGAAAAGAAGCUUUUCAAGGGCCAUGUUUACGGUGAGGUCAGUAUUGAAAACGAAAAUAAAGACAAAAUGGUAAUUCCAUUCAAAAAUGAAAAUAUUUUGGCUAAGGUACAAAAGCAUGGCUCUGAUGACUGGGAAACAGUUUGCUCUGUUCCAGACUUAAUCUCUGUUUCAUAUGCUGAUAGUGGUGAAGCAGUUGGAACCCCAGAGUACCGCUAUGGUAUUAUGGUCUUCGUUUUGGCAUUGUCUCCUUCUGACUUGUGGGUCAAGACCGAAAAGGCUCUUGCUGUCGGUGGUCCUAAAUCUUUUGGACAAGCUUUUGAAGAUGUCGUAUAUAAUCCAGUUGGGAAAUAUGUUCCGCCAGUUUCUGUUAUCAAUGAGUUUGCCAAGUAG